AUGAGCUGCCAUGUUGGUAGCCCUCUUCAAUGUGGUCACCCUCAAUGCAAUCGAACGGUUGUCUCAGAAGUUUCGGUGAGCAGGGGGCAUAUAAACUAUGCGUCCCUACGAAACCAUUUCGAAAAGUACUUCAAUCAGAAGCUCCACAAUCCCCGGUCCCAAUCAAAUCUACACUUUGAUUUGCAGAAUAUCAGUGAAGCUCGUCAGCCCGAGAUACCUUUACCAGAUGAUGUCGAAUAUCAACGCCAAUAUACUGGAGGCAGUUCCUCGUACUUAUGCAAAGAACGCCGAAACUAUCGACUAAAACAGAAUUAUGAUGUGUUAGGAGUACCGCAAGAAGACAUCGAAGUCCGCGGCUACACAAUUUGCAGCGGAUUUUCAUACGCUCAACGCCACUUUCCAUGCGCGGACAAGAUUCCCUUGAAUCUCGACACGGCAAUGUUGAUCUUUGUACCGUCAGUCAUACAAUUCACGGUAGCACCCACCUGCGACUAUUGUAUCUAUGUCAUGUCACUUAUGUCAAGGAGUGUUGCAGCUAUUCCGGUACCGUAUAUCUUCGGGCGUAAUCUUGGCCUCAACAAUCGCCAUCGAGUAGGAAUAGGUUCAUUGAUCGACGACCCUACCUCGUUGAAACGAGUCCUUGAGGAUAUAGCGCUGGAGCUAUCACCAAAGGCACAGAAGUAUGCAAAAAGAAAGGAGUUGAACCCUGAGGAUAUAUUUUUUAUUGAUUUCGAGACUGUAAGGCGCAGUGCUCGGGGUUUGCCAUUAUGUCCAAUCGAGAUUACUGUUCGUGAUGGGAACGGCAACGUUAUCGUUGACUGCCUGAUCAACGAAGAAGGCGUUACUAACGCCGAGUAUGAAGCUUACCUCAAACGUUCGGGGUUUACUGACGCAGAUAUUAGAGGAGCUAGGAGAAUACGAGGCCUUCCACACGAUAAACCUCCACGCAAGGCGAUGACAUCUAAGCAGAUCGUACAGAUCCUCAUCAACAAAGGACUCAAUCCAGAAUCGCUCUGGAUAGAAUAUUCGAUUUCCGGUUUCGAUUGGCGUUGCAUGGAAGUCCUAAUCAAGAACGCCGGUAUGCCUGUCGAAUCAAUACUCCCCACCAGCGAGAAUACCUGGACGGUGGCGAAGGAUUUCGCGUGUGCUCUACCUGGUAGGGACUAAAUAGUAUACUAUAUAAGUACUGAUGCUUAUUGACAAAC